AUUGCUCUCAGGGUCCAACGAGGGGACGUAUGUACUUUGUACCCCGUACCUUUCCCGCACGGACCAUCACCCGCCUUAUCUUAUCGCAGCUUCAACCAGGCGGAGCUUGAUUGUUGCGCGCAAGCAACAUUGAAGCAAUCUCGAACAUCGUCAACCUCGUCGACGCCGUCGCUCCAUUGUUGCUCUUGCCAGGUGACUCGACGCAGCGUUAGCCCACCCAGCUUGGAUGCCUCUGUCGACCUCAUCCCAGCAAUGGCCCGAAUCCCCGUCCGGGAGCUGAGCAGCUACCUGCUUGCCGGCCAGCUUCACCACCGCGGCUGUCUGCACCUUCGCCUUCGUCCUCUCUCACCACUGCUCCGCUCCGCCCUCCCUGCUGGCAGAGUCGUGCCCGUCUUGCCCAGCCGCUCCUUCUCCUCAUCCGCACCUGCGCCCGCCGCCCUGCAGCCUGCCGACCUCUCCAACGCGCCAGCUCCCCCCGACGCUUCUGUUCCCCUGCGGAAGAAGCUCAAGAGUGCUGCCAAGGCACAGAAGGCCUCUGGGGCAAAGGACUUGUCCAAUGACGACCGGCAGCUUGUCCCUGGCUGGCAGCUCGUCGUCGGCAUCGAGAUCCACGCGCAGCUCAACACCCCACACAAGCUCUUCUCGCCCGCCAGUCAACCUGCGCCGUCCGACGAGCCCAACACACACGCCGCCCUGUUCGAUCUCGCCGUGCCCGGCUCCCAGCCACUGUUUCAGCAGGAAGCCCUCGUCCCCGCCCUGCGCGCCGCACUCGCCCUGAACUGCGGCAUACAGCAGGUCAGCAGGUGGGAUCGCAAGCACUACUUCUGGUGGGACCAGCCCAGUGGCUACCAGAUCACCCAAUACUACGAGCCAUUCGCCAAGAACGGGUACAUCACGCUGUACCAGAGGGAUGGGAUCGCCGAGCAGGACGGGAAGAAGGUGCGCGUGGGCAUCAGGCAGGUCCAGAUGGAGCAGGACACGGCCAAGACAAUCGCCCGCCCCGACGGCGUCCAGUGGGUCGAUUUCAACCGGGUCGGCGUGCCACUGAUCGAGAUCAUCACGGAUCCAGACAUCCACUACCCGAAAACCGCCGCUGCUCUCGUCAGGAAGGUCCAGAUGUACCUUAAUGCCGUCGACUCGUGCGUCAGCGGCAUGGAGGCCGGUGGGUUGAGAGCCGACGUCAACGUCAGCGUCAGGCGAUACCGGCACCCGUCCGAAGACCCCCUGCCGCUCGGCCAGAGGACCGAGAUCAAGAACCUGAGCAGCUUCAAGGCCGUCGAGGACGCCAUCAUCGCCGAGCGCGACCGUCAGAUUGCCCUGCUCGAGGCCGGCGGCGUCGUUGCCGGUGAGACCCGUGGCUGGUCCAUUGGCGGCACCGAGACAAGGCGGCUCCGCGGCAAAGAAGGCGAGGUCGACUAUCGAUAUAUGCCGGACCCAGACCUGCCCCCCGUCACCCUCAGCCCCCAGCUUGUCUCUCACCUGCGAGACAACCUGGGCAUGCUGCCUGAUGCCGAGGUCGACGACCUGGUGUACACAUACGGCCUCAGGACGAAGGAUGCACUGGCCUUGCUGCAGCUGGACGACGGCCGCCGAGUCGAGUACCUCUACAAUGUUGUCCAGCACCUGCAGGACCGGCUGGGCGACAACUGGUCCACGCGGGCCGGCACCUUGGUCGGCAACUGGGUCCUCCACGAACUCGGGCGGCUCACAUCACAGCGCAACGCCUCGGCCGACGGCACGGUCCAGACGCUGGAGAUCUCGGCCGACGGCGAGUGCGCCCGCGUGCCGGCCAGGCACCUCGCAGACAUCGUCUACCACCUCCACGGGACGCGCAUCAGCCCCACCGUCGCCAAGGACCUCCUCUUCGCCGUCUACCGCGGCGAGCUCGGCGGCGCGUCGCCCGGGGGCUACGCGAGCAUCGAUCAGGCGAUCGAGGCGGAGGGCCUCUGGUUCAACUCGCUGUCCCGGGAGCAGUACCGGGAGCUGGCCAUCGAGACGACGCAAAACAACCACAUGAUGGUGCUGCACUUUUCCAAGUAUUACUCCCCAGGCCCAAGGAGGCACAAGGGCCACAGGGGCCACAAGGACGCAGAGUACCCCACGGGCCAGCUCAUGUUCCUCGUCGGCAAGAUGAUGAGGAACGGGCCGGCCGAACGGAUGGACCCCCAGGUUGCCCGGGAGGUGUUGGCAGAGGUUCUUGAGGAGGUAUGUAAACCAGCAUGACCGGGUCACCGCUGGAAUCGGGCUCAUACCCGGGGUAUGUUUGUCCUAUCUGUGGUCCAUGGCGUAUGCCCCACGGGCACAAACAGGCAGACGGGACCCUCAGAUCGCUCCCUGUGCCGCUCUACGUCUUUGGAUUACUCUCGGCUGUCGAAUCGUCGCCAUGUGAUGGAUAGGGCAAUGGGCUACAAACGCCAUCAAAACCCAAGGCAAUCGGGACCGUCCAGGCUUAUGGCCGUCGACGCGCCUCCAUUAAUCCGUGACCUCUGUAUUGUGACGUGCGACUAUUCAUCUACCUGGCCUGGAUACCCGAGAACUAAAUGUGGCCGAGUGCUUCAGUGCCAUAGAUGAGUUGCGCCCUGCGCCUCUUCUCGAAUUUGCGGCCGAAUACAGGAGCGGUACCUAUUGUCCCGAAUGUUCCAAAUGUUCCUGCCU